ACGGUGCAGCCUGGGCCUGGCCCACACCGAGGGCCGCGGCCCGAGCCGGGGCUUUUCCUAAGGACGCCGGGCCGGGGAGCGGCGGUGGGAUGCGGCUGACGCGCACGCCGCUGUGCUCGCUCCUCGUCGCCCUGUAUUGCGUCUUCUCCAUCUACGCCGCCUACCACGUCUUCUUCGGGCGCCACCGCCGUGCGCCCGCCGCGACCUCUCGGGGCUCCAGGAAAGCGGCGGCGGCGGCGCAGGCCAAGGAGAGGCUCGGCCGAGAACGGUCAGCCCUGGAGAGUGAAGAAUGGAAUCCUUGGGAAGAAGAUGAAAAAAACGAGCAGCAACACAGAGUUAAAACUAGCCUGCAAAUAUUAAACAAAUCCACAAAAGAAAAAAUAGAGCACAGGGUCCAAAUUUGGGGCAAAGCUGCCAUUGGUUUGUAUCUCUGGGAACACAUAUUUGAAGGCCCUCUUGAUCCCGCUGAUGUGACUGCUCAGUGGAGGGGAGGAUAUUCAAUUGUAGGAAGAACACAUUACAGUUUCAUCACUGGCCCAGCCGUACUUCCAGGCUACUUCUCCAUAGAUGUGGACAAUGUGGUCCUUGUUUUAAAUGGAAGAGAAAAGGCAAAGAUCUUCCAUGCCACCCAGUGGUUACUUUACGCACAGAAUCUAAUGCAAACCCAGAAGCUGCGGCGUCUGGCUGUCGUCUUGCUUGGAAAUGAGUACUGUGACAAUGACUGGAUAGUGCGGUUCCUCAGAAGAAAUGGAGGCUUCAUAGACCUGCUUUUCAUAACCUACGACAGCCCCUGGAUUAACGGUGUGGACGUUCUCCAGUGGCCUUUAGGUGUAGCAACAUACAGGAAGUUUCCUGUGGCUGAGGCCAGCUGGUCGAUGCUUCAUGAUGAGAGGCCCUACAUAUGUAAUUUUUUAGGAACUGUCUAUGUAAAUUCAUCAAGACAAACACUCAUGAACAUUUUGAAACAAGAUGGAAGUGAUAAACUUUGUUGGGUUUCUGCAAGAGAACAGUGGCAGCCUCAAGAGACAAAUGAAAGUCUUAAGAAUUACCAAGAUGCUUUACUUCAGAGUGACCUCACAUUGUGUCCUGUAGGAGUGAACACAGAAUGUUAUAGAAUAUAUGAGGCCUGCUCCUUUGGCUCCGUUCCUGUAGUCGAGGAUGUAAUGACUGCUGGUUACUGUGGAAACACAUCCAGUCACCACAGGGCACCUCUGCAGUUACUCAAAGCCAUGGAUGCUCCCUUCAUCUUCAUCAAGAACUGGAAGGAGCUUCCUGCUAUUUUAGAAAAGGAGAAGACUUUAACUUUACAAGAAAAAAUUCAAAGAAGAAAAAUGUUGCUUCAGUGGUACCAGCACUUCAAAACAGAGCUAAAGUGGAAAUUUACUAGUAUUUUAGAAAGUUCAUUUUUUAUGAAUAAUAAAGGUUAAUCAUAUCUAAUACUAA